AUGGAACUCGGGAACACAACCUUGAUAAGCAGUUUUUUCCUCAUUGGAAUUCUCCAGGAGAGCAGAUUCCCUGAACUCAUCUGUGUCACGAUCAUACUUCUUUAUCUAGUGGCCAUGGCCAGUAAUGGUCUCUUGCUGUUGUUGAUUGCUAUGGACAACCGGCUCCAUGUGCCCAUGUACUUCAUGCUCAGCCAGCUCUCACUUCUGGACCUGCUCUUCACAUCAGUUGUUGCCCCCAAAACAUUGGUAGAUUACCUGGGUGGACAAAACACCAUCUCCUUUACAGGCUGUGGGCUUCAGAUGUUCCUGGCACUAACACUUGGGGGUGCAGAAGAUAUUCUGUUAGCUUUCAUGGCAUAUGACCGCUACGUGGCCAUUCGACAUCCCUUGAACUAUAUGGUAAUAAUGAGACCAAAGGUUUGCUGGUCCAUGGUGGCUACAUCUUGGUUUUUGGCAUCUCUGAGUGCCCUCGUACACACCAUCUACACCAUGCAUUUCCCUUUCUGUAGAAACCAAGAGAUUCACCACCUGCUCUGUGAGAUCCCUCCAUUGCUGAAGCUGGCAUGUGCUGAUGCUUCACAGUACAAGUUCAUUUUAUACACAACAGGUGUGACCUUCCUCCUGAUGCCCCUCUCUGCCAUCUUUGCCUCCUAUGCCUUAGUCUUGACUGCUGUGUUCCAUAUGCCCUCAGCACAGGGGAGACAGAAAGCUCUCCUUACCUGCUCAUCCCAUCUGACAGUGGUUGGGCUGUACUAUGGAGCUGCCAUGGUCAUGUAUGUCCUACCCAGUGCCUACCACAGCCCUCAGCAAGACAAUAUUGUCUCUUUGUUCUACACCAUUGUCACUCCAGCCCUGAAUCCCCUAAUCUACAGCUUGAGGAACAAAGAUAUUCUGGGGGCCCUGAAGAAGGUUAUAGGGAAAGGCCCCUCAGGACAGAGAUUUUAG